AGACUUUCCUCCUUGGGAUUUUUCCAGACACGGCACAAAAUGUUUUACUUGCGGCCACCCAAAAAAAGCUGGCUUCCAACCAACUCUGAUUCUCACCGAAAGGAAAUGCAGUGAUAAAUUUAACAAUUUGACGAUGCUGUAUAUUACAUUUUAAAAGGCAUCUGCUUAAAAAACAAGCAAACACUUUAAACUGUUUUUAUCUGAAACUUAGUGUAAAACUGCUCCUUGUCAUUGACAUUAAAGGAUCAAAACUAUGGCUUCAGAUAAUGGCAUGAGUGAGGAAGAACGAAAGCGCCUGACUUCGCUCUUUCACGCCUACGAUGUGGAUAACUCAGGCCAGAUUGAAAAAGAUGAAUUCUUCACCAUUUGUCAGGAGCUCCGUGUCCCUUCCGAAGAAGCAGACGGCAUAUUCACCCACCUGGACGUUGACAAAGAUGGAACGGUGACCUUAGAGGAGUUCAUCAGCGGCUUCAAGGAACGACACCAGGAGGAGGAAGAAGAUGACGGCAGCGGAGCAGAGGAUGAGCCCUCCUCACAAGUGGAGACAUUUUCAGAUAAGAAGGAGCACAUUAUAUCCAGCCAGUCCUACUCGUCCAUCAAUGGUAUGAGCGCAGAUGAGCGCGACCGGCUGCGCUGCCUCUUCCAGACCUACGACGCGGACAACUCCGGGCGCAUCGAGAGGAACGAGUUCCUCACCAUCUGCGCGGAGCUGCAGGUGUCGGCGGCCGAGGCGGACCGCAUAUUCGACAAGCUGGACGUCGACGACGACGGCACCGUCACCCUGCUCGAGUUCAUCAGCGGCUUCCACGACCGCUACGGCGAAGACAUGGAGUCCGACGGAGGGGACAUAUCCGCCGCCUGGGAGCACUUCGAAGGGCUAAUGGGCGAGCAGGCCAAGUUCAUCCCCAGGCAUGAACAAGCAGCGACCUUGUACCAGAACAUCAGUCUGACGGAGCCCAGGCUGAUUCCUCAGUUUGAAAAAGUCAUCCUUAACUUCACCAAAGAGAUCAAACAGCAAAACUCAGAGAUGGAGAACCUGGCCCUCGCCAUCAAACGAGCGCAGGACCAGGCAUCGAUGCAGCUCAGCGAGAUGGAGGAGGAGAUGGACCAACGCAUUCACGCUGGGGAGAGAAAAACAAAGGAGCAGGAGAGGAAACGAGCAGAGGCCGAACUGAACGAGUUACGAAGAAGUUAUGAAACUGAAGUGUGCGAGCUUCAGUGUAAGAUCCAGAGGAUGCAGAUGAUCGAAGAGAAGUACAAGAGCCUCACUGUGAAAGACGAGAGCCCGGCGCUGAAGAAGAAGAUCUGCGAGCUCACACUGGAGAACCAGCGUUUGAAGCAGGACCUGUUGAAAUCUCAGACCCAAGUCGCCUGCCUGCACAGUGAGAUGGACUCGCUGAAGACGGAGUUAACCGAUCAAAGCAUGAACUCUGAACGAGACGAGGAGUUCAUGAAAAAUUUCUCUGACGAGCGCGACAUCAUGGAGAGUCAGAUUGAGAUUCUGCAGACAGCCAACAGGAAGCUCCACGACAGCAACGAUGGCCUGAGGGCCACUCUGGAGAGGAUCACAAGGUCUGGUAACGGUGGAUCCCCAGGAGAAAUAAAGGACAAAAGAAGCAGAAGCAAAAGCAUCUGCUACACAUCACCGUAUGCAUUGAUGGACAGGUUCUCCCAGCGUGUGGAGGAUUACGCUCUUUACAACCGCCGCCCCAGCUGUGACACCCUGGCCUUGGCCAUGUGUGACCCGGGCCUGAAGCGCAGAGACAGCAGUGAGUUCGAGGAGGACAGCCUGCCCGAGGUCUACAUGGACAGCGGCCUGUCGACGCUCAGAGGCUCACAUGGAGGCUACGACUCUGAGCCGGAGGCCAAAGGUCAAGAAGAAGAAGAAGAAGAAGAAGAAGAGGAAGAGGAGGAGGAGGAGAGAGAGGAGAAGAAAGUGGAAGAUGACAACAAUGACAGCAUGAUGGGAGAAAACUCUGACACUGAGCCAGCAGAGACACAGGAUGGUGAAUCGGCGUUUGGGUCGGACACCAGCUCGGUUUUGGACUGGAAGCUGCCUGAACCUAUUAGUGUCACCAAAACCCCCGCGCCAACAACUCGGAAACCUCUCACUGUCAUCAGUGUUCAGAAGGACAAGGAUAGUGGAGACCACGGCUACAUGACAUCAGAAAAAACCUACAGGAUCGUGUUGGCCGGAGAUGCUGCGGUGGGAAAGUCCAGCUUCCUUCUGCGCCUCUGCAAGAAUGAAUUUAAACUGAACUCCAAUGCAACUCUGGGAGUGGAUUUCCAGAUCAAGACACUAGUUGUAGAUGGAGAAUCUGUGUCACUACAACUAUGGGACACUGCAGGACAGGAGAGGUUUCGCAGUAUCGCAAAGUCUUAUUUCCGUCGAGCGGACGGUGUGUUGCUGCUCUACGAUAUCACCUGUGAAAAGAGCUUCCUUAAUGUUAGAGAGUGGGUGGACAUGAUCGAGCAGGAUGUGUCUCUCGAGGACAUUCCCAUCAUGCUCGUGGCUAAUAAGUGUGAUCUUAGGCAGGAUGGCGUUAACUGUGUUCCUUACAGCUAUGGAGAAAAACUGGCCAUGACAUACAACACUCUGUUCUGUGAAACUAGCGCCAAAGACGGCUCCAACAUCCUCGAGGCUGUGCUGCAUCUGGCCAGGCAGGUAAAAGAACAAUCUGCUUUAAGUCAAAAGAGUCACUAUCAGUCGCUGCCCUGCUUGGAUGCUCCCAGGAGGAAACCAAACUUCUCCUGCUGCAACUGAACAAACUCCUCAUGUCUGGACCUCUGCAUCUGACUUAAUGUGAACUCGGCAAAGGUGGAAGAAGGAAAACAAAGGCAGACGCCUGACAAAACACAAAUGCAACAUAAUCUCUGCGAUGGGAACAAAAUCCUCUUUGUGUGCAACCACAAUACAAUUUUAUGUAUGGAUUAAGUAUUGUGGGAUCCCAGCAGUAUAUCCACAAAGUUGUUAGUGUUUUUCAUUUUUUUUUGUUAUUUAGGGUUAUUUAAAAAAGAAUAUUACAUUUUUUUGAAGAUAAUAAAUGCAAAUCAUGAAAGGACAAAGGCAGACAAGUGAAGUAAAAGUAGGUUCUCCGUUUGCCUGUGUGGUUUUCCUGAGGGUACGCUGGUUUCCUCCCACGGUUCGGAGACAUGUAGGUUAUAUUAACUUGGCGAGUCUAAAUUGGAUGUGAGUGGAAGUGGCUGCUUGUCUCUUCAUGUCAGCCCUGAGAUAGACAGGAUGUCCUGUCCAGGGUUUACCCUGCCUCUGUCAUCAAUGUAAGUGCUGGUUUGAGGCAACAUCUACUGCACGUUGGUUGUCUGAAAUGAAACUGAAGUUUGUUUUUGCACCACCCAGAACCACAGACAUUACUGCAAAUGCCAACAUGGAGACACUGAGAAUCGAGGAAAGAACCUAAAGAAAGACAUCCUCAGACUCGUCUUUGUUCUUACUGUAUAUGAUGCAGUCUGAGAUUAUAGGAAACUUCAUGCUAGUGCCUUGACUCCUCAUCUUUAUUUUAUUACCCACAGUGUUAUAUUUUAUUUUCAUUUCACUUCCCGCUGAGGAUGACUUUGUGUUACAGACUUUAUAUUCUUGAUAUAAAAUCAUUUCCAUUUUUGCACAAAUGCUUAAGAUAACUACUGUAAUUUUAUCACCUGACCAAAUUAGUUAAGCAUUAAGGUUAAUUGGCCCUUAGUUUUUGUAUCCCUCUGAUACAGUUGAUAAAUUAAAUUCUAUUUAAAUGUGUGCACAUGAGCUUGGUAAAUUGUCACCACUGAUGUUAUACAGUGUGUCUAACUAUCGUUCCUUAAUAAUAACGUCCUAUUAUCAGGCUGCUGAAGCACAGUAUGUAAAGGUGUCAGUAUGCUUCACAUGAAAUGCCUGUUGGAUUCUCAAACAGCCUCAGACAAAUGGAAUUGGGUGACUUUUCCUCUUCAAACUUCAUUUAUUGAAGGGUUAGUGGAAUAUCGGUAAGUUUUAAGUUCAGACUUUGAAUUGAUACAGAAAAGAGAUACAAGAACAAAGGAAUGAGAAUGAAUGAAACUCAAAUCACCUUUGAGGGGAUGUUGAAUAUUUAUAUGGUAUCUGUAAGUGUAUAUGGUGUACAGACAGACAGUAUAUAAGUGUUUCUAUCUGGUACACGUAUAAAUACGUCUGCCUCUAGACAUGAUGACACUUUGUAGAAACUAGUUCAUGGGAAGCAUACUGAACCUAUUAGACGCCUCUUGGGUCACAGUCAUGAUUGUGAUGUUGUCACACACAACUCACUGUCAGACUGUGUCCUCGAGUCUGGACGUGGAAAAAAUAAAAUGGUUAUCUACAGUGGAGGUGUAUGUAGCAGGGGACAAGUUGCUCAGCUACAGAUUUCCACACAGAUUAAACUUCUUUUUUGUAUAAAUAACUUUGCUAAUGUCCUUAUUAGUUCAACUGCGCGGUCACUGGUUUAUGUUAGAAGGUUUAUUUGUGUUUCUCAAAAAUAAAUGUAGUUGAUGAUGUUGUUUAAUGUUAUAACUUAAAUAAUUUAACUUUAUGUAAUGUAAAAGUGUCAAUUGAGGUUCCCAAACCUGGGGUCACAGACAAGUUACGGGCCGGGGUACAUACAGGAGAAAUCCUGAAAAUAAAUAAAUAAAUACACAUAACUGUAUUGGGCGGAUUUUUGCUGUAAUGAACUUAAACUUGACAAAAGUUGUCCUUUAAUUUUCUUGAUAACAAAAAGAAAAUCAUUACAUUUCACUGAUAUGAAGUACUGUACAUCAUCUGUGUGAAAGGUAACCGAUCUGUUAUUGCAUCUUUCAGCA